AUGACUGAGCCGCCAUCAGUCGGCGUCAUCUCUGAGCGACUACGAGAACUGUUGCAACGCGCCAGGGAGAUCAAAUCAGUCGAAACCAUCGAUCCUCCUUUACCAGUAUCAGACCUAGUGCAGGGUGUCUCUUCGCUCGGAAAAGAUGUCUUUGCAUCGCAACCUGACGUGCACAAGUUCUCCGUCGUCGAGACGGCCGCGAGGAAGAUUUUCUACGAAACCAUUACAUUCCCUCUUGGUGACAAGAGUUCUGUCAACCUGCGCGGAGAAUAUCACACAGAGAAUGUUACUGUCUUCGAGAAGGACCCUCCAGCUGACGCAGAGGCGGCGGAACCCAUGGAUAUCAUCAUGGAAGGAGACGCUGAAGCCGAGUCACAACCUACAGACUCCGACGACNNAAAAACGCCCCCCUCAACCAAGGAUCAAACAAAGGCUCCGACGGAAAACAAAGGUGACGAGGUCAAAGAUGAGAACUCAGAAUUCUAUCCCGUUUUCUGGAGGCUACAGCACGAUUUCUCAAACCCAACGCGACUCUUUGAAGACGAGAACUUCNNCAGCCCAUUCAAGGACGGAAUCGAGAAGACGUUGUCAAAGUUCAAGAAGACACCGGUGGUGGCGCAAACCAAGAGCGCUGGAGAUGCUCAACGCGGUAUCAAACGAAAGCUUGGUGACGAGACGGGUGAUCAGUACGCAAGCAACUACAACCCGAAGUAUUUGACUAGUCGCGAGCUCUUCGAACUCGAGAAAGCGAAGAAGAAGUGGGCGGAUGUCGAGAAAACCAACUCCAAGUUAGCCAACAAGGCUCUCCUUUACAGUUUCACACUCAGCGAAGAAAACGAGAAAUGGGUAACCUCAACACGCUCCAAAAUUGCCGGUUAUCUGCAAGAAGGACCAGAAGGAAAGUUCUACUACCGCAUGGUCGACACUGUACUUUCCCGCGACAAGAACUGGGUGAGAUGGAAGUUGGAAAGCUGUCCGCCAAUCGUCAGAGAUGCUGUCACUCCAGAAGAGAACACAGAAGCGAAGUCUGGUGCUCGGCAAGCAACCAUCAAUAGGCGCCUCAAGGCGAAACCAAUGGGGGCUAUCGAUGUGACUUUCCUCGCAGAAGUUGACAACGCGAAGGGACUCGAGGCUCUAAAAGACGCAUCAAGAUUCACGGCUCCGUCACCCGAGAAGCUCGUCAAGGGUAUUGAAAACGACGAACUUGAUCUGGAAAUGGCCAUGACAGACGAGGAGAAGACUUCUUUGGAGGCCGCCAAGCAGAGCAAGACCUGGCGCGCGCUGCGGGCUGCAUCCAGAACAUCACUGGCGCUGUUAGACAAGGUGGAUCCCUCCACACGCUUACCUGCCUUGUAUAAGCAGGAGGAGAACCAGGGAGAGGCUGCCGCUGACGACCCAACAUCUGCAACCGAAAACGACAGUGGAGAAGUAACCGUGGCCAUGGAUGGCAAGGCAGAAGAGCAGGUGACAUGGCCGCCCGAUUGCACAGAGCCUCUCUGCCCUUACUCGUCGACAAGAUUAGCCAUCGUGCAAGAGCCACUCGCGAACGAGGGGGGACUUUUGAUGGCUUGGCGAACGGUGAACGCGCUCGAUUCGCAUGGCGGCUCGCUUAAAGCGCACCCUGCGCAGAUCAAACCGCCGUCUCUACCUACGCGUAUCGGGCCCGAGCAGACCAACUUCCGCAGGCACGCCGCAGCAACAGGUCCUUCUCUUUGGGUCGCAAAAGCUUCCAGCACGAGCAACUCGGAAAACAGGUCCAGGAGCUCGAGCAGCAAAUCUCCAGCCGCCCUCUGUUCCGACGGUAACGCCGCUCGCGAGGGUGAUACCGCCCGACUCGAAACACAGAACAUGUCCUAG